AUAAAUUAAACAUCUUCUUUUUAUUAUCUAUUUCCCCGUGCGGAACCUCAUGGUAUUUUCUACACAAGUGGAUUAUCUUUCUUGUUUUUCGACGUGAUCAUAUACAAAUGCCUUUAUAAACAUUGAUUAAAGUAUUUAUCGUGCAAUAAAAAGGCUAUGGGUUUCAUCCAGAUUGUUAAGCUUGUUUUUGGAGAGAGAUUCAGAGGCUUUAGAAUGAAAUGGUAGAAAUGGUAGGCCGCGCGAGUAAACAGAUGCUGACGGGCGGAUCAACAAGUAUUAAUCGGUAGCGAAAACGCAGUCGCGAAUAUAAUGAUUUCUCAAUAAACGGUUAUUUUAGAAUUAAUUUAUAUUCAAAACAUUCAAUAUCAGAUUUAGUACCGCAAUGUAAAUUGUUCCGGAAUGUUAAUUGCUCAAUCGUGUUAUUUUUUCCAAUAUGCAUGACUGUACAAUUUUUUUUUUUUGCCGAAGAUCAAGAGUUGUCUUUUGUUCGAGGAUCAAACAAGCACGGAAUCUACAUUCGAUCGUGAGUUAUGAUCAUUUGGACAACAAAAUCGAUACAGACCGGAAAUGACUGGAGCACGGUAUAUCUUGGACAGUCCAAGUCCCGACAAAACGAUGGCUUGUGUGCAGAGGCCAAAUAACAAAGGGAUGCGAACACUGCUAGUCCAAGCAUGGUUCUUAGUUUUCUGAAAGGCUUUUCUGUAAAAAGAUGACACCGUUCAAUCAUUUUUCAAACACUGAUUGAAUAUACGAGGACAAGAUGCAUAUCUACCAGGCAGAACAAAUCAGACCCGGCCUCGUUCAAAAGAAAACAUUCCCUGAAAGGAAAACAAUUAUUACCAGUUAUCAGAAAGUUGAGGGAUAUUCAAGAUGCGCAUGGCAUUAAACAGUUAGCUAACGGACUUAUGUAUGAGGAUGUAUUGAAGGCUGUUGAGGAUUUAACUGGAGAAAACGGGAUUGAGUAACUGGAACUGGCAGGGAAGGACCCAAAUGAUGAGGAUUUUGCAAAGUUACCACUCCAUGUCUGCAUAUUACAUGCUAAUGAAAAAGGACAACCAGAAGGACAGUAUUUGCAGGAACCAGAAUUAGGUCACUUGUCAGCAACGACUGCAGAUCUAGAGCAAGGGCCUACUUCUAAUUCAAAGAAGGCAACAGACAAAGACCAGGAUUCAAAUGGUGGAAAACGUAGGAAGCUACAAGAUUCAAUAACUGAAGUCAAAGACAAGGAUGGUACACAGAUUCAGCAGGGAAAUAAAUAUAGAAUGGGAGAGAUGACUUGAUUUUGAUCCAACUCGUGUAGAACUAAGACGGAAUUCAUCAUGGGUGACAUUGGGAGGUGGGACUCCCUCAUUUGUAACCAAACAUCCUACAGCUGAGUUUGUCCUUCAAGGAGUCAGGUCAGAUACAUCAUAAUAUGAAUCAUUGGAAUGAAGUUUUGAAAAAGGGAGUAGUAGAUGAAGAUGUUCAGUUUAGAAUAAGUAGGUGGCUUACACAAGGUGUAGAUGUUAAGGAAUUCUUUUCACAUUUCAAAGGAAACUUUAAAGGUCUUUCUUAUGACAGUGAUGAACCUUCAAGCAUUUUCUUAGAAAGUAGUAUUAGUUGUAGGGAUCACAAGGAGUUUGUAGGCCAGAUUUUAUAUGAGAAAAUAAGGAUAGGAGCCAUAAGAGUUCUGGGGAAGAUUGGUGAAUGUGACAUGCCUAGGGUUGUGAUGCCUUUGUUAGUAGAGCCAUCUCAACCACGGUUAUGUUUGGAUGGAAGGUUCUUAAAUUUGUGGAUAAAAGAUUCUCCGUUUCGUCUUGAAACUUUAAAUGAUGUUCAUAUGUUGAUAGAUUCAGAGGCAUGGAUGGCAACAUGUGAUGAAAAGUCAGGCUAUGAACACAUUGCUUUGUCAGAGAAUUCAGAUAUCAUGGUUUACACAGUUUUGGCUUUUGGAUGGAAGGCCUCACCAUAUGUUUAUCAAACUGUUGGAAUGACAAUUACAUCUUAUCUUAGAAAAUUGAAUGUUAUAACAACUCAGUAUAUUGAUGACCGUUUGAUGAUAGCUAACCCAUCAGAGGGCACUACUGACUUGGAAGCAAAAGAACAUUGUUUUAAGGUGAUAUAUGCUCUACUUCAAAUUUUAACCCGUUUAGGUUACACAAUAUCACUUGAAAAAUCAUUCCUGGAACCCCAACAAUGUGUAAGGUUCCUUGGAUUUUUGGUGGAUUCAGUAAAGUUAGCUUAUAUCUUGCCAGAGGAUAAAAAGUUUAAGUUUAGAGAGUUAAGAGAGUCACUUUUGGCAGGCAGGGAGGUUUCUAUUCGAACUUUGCAGCGUUUUGCAGGCAAGUGUGUUUUGAUGGGUUUUACAAUUCCAGGAGCUAAAUUGUACUGCAGGGAAGUUAAUAAUGCAAUUUCAUGUGGAGUUUAAAAUUCAAAACGUAUUGUCAUAGGUGAUGAAUUGCGGGAAGAGUUCAAAUACUGGCGUUUCUUGGACUCGUGGAAGGGUUACGCAAAGUGGAGGUCAGAGAGUCAUAAGCAAGUAAAUAUUUCAACAGAUGCUUCUGGCUACAAGUAUGGGGCAGUAGUUUGUUUUCAGGGGGAAAAGGUUGAACUUGGAGAUUUUUGGGAGACAAACGACAGUAGACCUAUUCAUUUGAAGGAAGCUGAGGCAGUCCUUCAGGUCUUGAAGUCAAUAGAGGAAGUAAUUAGAGACUCGAGGGUUGACUUACUGGUAGAUAAUGUUGCUGUUCUGAGUGUUUGGAACAAUCAAGGAGGACGGGAUAGAUCUUUAAACAACAUAACAAAACAGAUAUUUCAGUUGGUGACCUCUUGUAAUUGUGAUCUGCACAUGCAAUAUGUAUCCUCAGAUUUGAAUGAGGCAGAUUCACCUUCACGUAUUCUUAGUUACAGUGAUGCAUGUUUGAAUAUUGGUUCAUGGCAGUGUGUUGAAAGGCAAUUUGGACCUCAUUCAAUGGACCUCAUGGCUAUUGAUUCUAAUGUGAUGAAAUCUUCAGGAGGUACAGCACUACCACAUUUUACCCCAUAUCCUACCCCAUAUUCAUCUGGUGUAAAUUUGUUUGCUCAGGAUUUGUCAGUGGUGGUUAAUGCAUAUGUUUAUCCCCCUUUUGCCCUUAUACAUCCGGUACUCUUAUUUUUAAAGGAACAGAAAGUUGGUCUGUGCACCUGUGUCCUGCCAUUAAUCAAGAUUGUACCUGUUUGGUGGCCUCUUGUUCAAAAGCAUGUAAUCCAGAGUUUAGAGUUAGGGGCCCGGGGAGAUAAGGCAGUAAUAAGGGUUCCUUCUAGAAAAGGUUUCAUUACUGAUAAUAAGGGUCUGAGAUGGCCACUAGUUGCAUUCAAGCUUUUGUUUAUCUAAGCUAUAUGUUUUUCAUUUCGUAGGGAGAAAGCUUGGAUCUGGUUAAGAUUGACAAGAGGAUUAAGGAAUUGAAUGACAAAUCUUCAUCAUCUUUAUCUAAGAGAAAAGAUACUUUGAAAAACUCUCUGAAUUUCUUUCUUAAACUAUUGAGGAAAGAUUGCACAAUAUCUAAUUGUACCCCUGAUGAUCUAAAGCAUUUUCUGGUAUGGAAGGAUGGUUUUGGUAAAACACCAGUUCAUAAAAUAAAUUGUACAUUUUUGGGUACUAAAGAAUAAGGAAGUUGUGAAUGCCCAAGACGAUUAGCAGCUGGGACAGUAUCGGUGUUUUACGAAAGUGGUCGUGGUAAAUUCUGGGAUGAGAAGAGUGAUACAGGUUACCCUGCAGUGGCACAUUGCAUCAAACAGUAUGUGAAACUUAUUCAAGAGGAACAAGCCGCAGCACAUGUAGUUCCUAAGCAGGCAAAGUGAAUCUGGCUUUAUCUGGUUCGGUUACCAAUGUAGGACAAAUGAUGAACCAUGUGGGAUGGUAUGGAGAGGGAACAGCAGAAUAUUAUAGUAGAUUGCCAGCUUUAGUGGAAUCUGAUUAUAUCGCAGGUAGAUUAGCAGACAGUGCAGGUCAAUGUGAUUUUGUGGAAGAUCUGUUCCAACAAUAUGAGGAUUUUAAUAUUUUACAAAAAGCUUUUCAUUAACGAUAAGGCCUUAAGAAUAUCAAUACAAUUUAGGGAAUAAGAAAGAUCCUUUGUUUUCGAAUUUAUCAUCUACAUCAUAUUAGGAUUUUGUAGGACUGUUUGUUUUGUAAAUAGCAGUGACGGUUAAUUUGUUGUUGAAUAACAUUUUGUAGAUUUACUGUAUAACUUAUAACAGUGAUAAGUUGAAAGAAUGUCAAAUCUAAAAUUUGAAAAUAAUACAUAUAAUGUAUUUUAAGCAAUAGUUUUAUCCCAUUUGAAUAACUUGUGUUUUUGUUUUUAAGUUCAGGAGUAUGUUGAACAGACUGUUUGUUACUCAACA